AACAGGUGAAGGAAAAUAGUAGCCAGAAAAAGGCAAUGAUUCCUUCAAAAUCUUGUCCCUCAUUAUUCAUUUAUUAAUAGAUAAAAAAAGAAAAUUCUAAGCAAUGCUUUAACAGCAGGCAUAUGGCCUUUUUUUAUUCAUGAAAUACAUUAUUGUUAUUCAUAAUUUCUUUCAGAAUGUACCCUGACCACUUCUUAGUGUAUGCUGUGACCUUUCUGCUCCUGUUUCCUGGGUUUUAUUCCUCCAUGGCUGUGACGACCUUGCAGAGUUUUCGUGGCUGUGCGGUACGUGAUUUUGCUUUCAUGGCAAAGAAGCCAGGAUGCAGGAGUCUGCGAAUAAACACUGAUGCAUGCUGGGGCCGCUGCCACACCUGGGAGAGGCCAGUUCCAGAGCCGCCAUAUAUCCAGAGGCACCACCGUGUCUGUACCUACAGCCGAACACGGCACCUGACAGCACGCUUACCAGGUUGUCGCCCUGGCAUCUCCCCAAUCUAUCAUUACCCUCAGGCCUUACAGUGUGACUGCACCUACUGCGCCUCAAACCACACUGAGUGUGAAACCUUUUAAAGGCAGACACACAUACAUUCAUACUCUUCUUUGCUUAUUAUGUAAAAAAAUUAAUUUGUUAUGUAAAAUAUUGUUAUGCAUUAGAUUUCACAAAAGAUGUCACAAUAAAACAUACAC